AAAACAAGCAGCGCAAUAUCUAUGAUUUCAAUGAUGAAAUUGGCCUAGGCAAAGAGAAAUACCAAAAGAAACGAAAAUACCAAAAGAAACAAAGAUACCAAAAGAAACAAAGAUACCGAAGAAACAAAGAUACCGAAGGGAAUUACGCCAAAGGGAACAAAGAUACUGAAAGAAAUGAAGAUACUGAAGAGAAUGAGAACACCGAAGAGAACAAAGGCACCGAAGAAAAUGAAGACACCGAAAAGAACGAAGACACUAAAGGGAACGUGAAUACCAAAGAAAGCGAAGACACUGAAAGAAGAAAAAUACUGAAGAAAACAAGGAAAUAA